UUAUAAUAACCAUUCUUUUUAGAGUAUACAACAAUGUUGCUCGGAUUGUUGUUGAUUGCUUUGCUAGUGGUUGGCCUGCGCUUUGUGCUGCAGCUGAUCAAAAGGGAGUGGAGGCACCGUCAGCUGCUGCAGCAUGUGGCGCCCAAUGUGUCCCGCAUACCAGUGAUUGGAGGCGUCUGGCAGAUGCGCAGCUUCCAGCCGGACAAUCUGCACGAGAAGUUUGCGGAGUAUGUGGCGCGUUACGGGCGCAGCUUUGUGGCCACCACGUUUGGACGUAUGGUGCUGGUCACCGCAGAUCCGAAGCAUGUGGACGCACUGCUCUUGAGCAAACAACAUCUGCGCAAGAGCGUCGUCUAUGGCGCCCUGGGUGGCUGGCUGGGCAAUGGUCUGUUGCUCAGCCGGGGCGAGCACUGGCAUGCCAUGCGCAAAGUAAUAACGCCCUCGUUCCACUUCAGCAUACUGGAGCAAUACGUCAAGAUCUUUGACAGCCAGUGCAAUGUCCUGGUCGGCAAACUGAAGCCGCUGGCCGCGUUGGGCAGCGAGAGUCCGCAAGCCUUCAACAUAUAUCCUUAUAUGUGCCUGACGGCCCUGGACAUCAUCAGCGAGGCGGCCAUGGGCGUCAGUCUGGAUGCGCAGGAGAAUGUGGAGGCGCCCGUGGUGCAGGCAGUCAAGGACGUGACCAACAUUUUGGCGACUCGUUUCAUGCGACCGCAUCUGCUGCCGCCGCUGUUCUUCCGCCUGCUCUGGCCCAGUGGCUAUCGCAAGCUGUGGAUGGGCAUCAAGUGCCUGCACGACUUCACCGACGAGAUCAUCGAGCGGCGCUGCCAGCUGCUGCACACGGAGCAGCAGGGGACGGCUGCUCUGCUGGACACAUUGCUGCAGGCACGUUUGGAUGGCGCACCUCUCACAGAUGCCCAGAUCCGCGACGAGGUGAGCACAUUCAUCUUUGCUGGUCACGAUACGACCACAUCCGCGGCGUCCUUUUGCUUGUAUCUGCUGUCGCGGCAUGCGGCAGUGCAGCAGCGCUUGUACGAGGAGAUUCACUCACACUAUGGCACGGCCAUGAAUCGGCCCGUCGUCCAUGCUGACUUCGCUGAUCUGCCCUAUUUGCACUGCGUAAUCAAGGAGUCGCUGCGCCUCUAUCCGCCCAUUCCAGCUGUGGGUCGUUGUCUGGAAAAGGACUUGCCAUUAGCAGAGACGGGCGAAGCUAGCGGGACACGGGUGCCAGCCGGCACGAAUGUCCUUGUGCUGCUCUGGCAGCUGCAGCGCGAUGAGGAACUGUACGAAGAGCCCUUGCGCUUCUGGCCAGAGAGGCAUUUAGAGAAUAGAAUGACCGACACGGGAUCUGGCAAAUACACCACCAGCUAUAUACCCUUCAGUGCAGGCCCGCGCAACUGCAUUGGCCAGCGCUUUGCUCUGCUCGAACUGAAGACAAUUGUGAUCAAACUGCUACGUCACUUCGAGCUGCUGCCAUUGGGCGCGGAGGUGAAGCCUUCAAUUAAAAUUGUUUUGCGCUCAGCCACAGGUGUUAAUCUGGGCCUGAAAAUGCGUGCUUGAAUGGUAUUUGCACUAAACGCUAUAUAAACGUGAUUUAAAAUUGAUUACGCUGCAGCGAUAAGUGCUGCUAGCCACUAUCGAUAAUUAUUGCAACGAUAAAUUAAUUGCAGUGCCAGUAAAAUUCAAAUUUAGGCAAA